AUGUCCAUUCAAAGAGAGGCUCGCGGGACCGGUGGAGUCUUGGCCAAUACCUGGGUUCAGAUCCACGAGCCGCCGACCAAGGAUGAAGAGACGCACAAUACCAGUGACGAACAGUCAAAUGCGGUCGAUCUUGCCAACGAAGUGCCAUCUGCGCCCGUGGUCACGGAGGAAGUACCGGCACAAGGCAGUUCUCGCUCGUUGAGUAGUGGCCCAUCUGGUCCGUUUCGAUUCGGCUCUCCUUCGUUGUUCAUUGACACUCGAUCCCCGGUGCCGCAGCAAAUGGCGGCAGUCGGUGCCGCGAUCGCUGAUGACCCCUUUAACACGGGUGUUGUUGCUCCCCGGAAGCGCCAGGUGAAGGCUGGCGAUGGUAUGUUCGGCGUGCCAUUUCUCAAGGGAAACUCUACUCUUUCACAGCCUCAAAAACAGAACCACAGCAAAGCCCCGCAAGACCGCGACUCGGCGCCCGCACUCAAGAGAGGUCUCGGCAACGACGCAAGAUUGGCAUAUGAUCCCGUGCAAGCGAACAAACUAGGUAGCUAG